AAAUGGAAACUGAAAAUCUUGUUCCAAGUUCAACCAGGCUGGGAGACACAGGACCUGCAGGCUGCAGAGGCAAAAGCUCCGGAGGUCAUGGAGCAGGAACUCAGGAGCAUCCCGUCCUGGAAGCUGGACAAGUUCAUAGAGGUUUACCUCCUUCCGGACACCAGCUUCUGUGAUGAUGUCAAAUCAGCUAUCAAUGUCCUGUGUGAUUUCCUCAAGGAGAGAUGUUUCCGAGAUACUGUCCACCCAGUGAGGGUCUCCAAGGUGGUGAAGGGUGGCUCCUCAGGCAAAGGCACCACACUCAAGGGCAAGUCAGACGCUGACCUGGUGGUGUUCCUUAACAAUCUCACCAGCUUUGCGGAUCAGUUAAACAGACGGGGAGAGUUCAUCAAGGAAAUUAAAAAACAGUUGUAUGAAGUUCAGCGUGAGAGAUAUUUUAAAGUGAAGUUUGAGGUCCAGAGUUCAUGGUGGCCCAACCCCCGGGCUCUGAGCUUCAAGCUGAGUAUACCACACUUCCAACAGGAGGUGGAGUUUGAUGUGCUUCCAGCCUAUGAUGUCCUAGGUCAUGUUAGCCUCUACAGCAAGCCUGAUCCCAAGAUCUACACCAUCCUCAUCUUGGAAUGUAUCUCCCUGGGGAAGGAGGGCGAGUUCUCUACCUGCUUCACGGAGCUCCAGAGGAACUUCCUGAAGCAGCGCCCAACCAAGCUGAAGAGUCUCAUCCGCCUGGUCAAGCACUGGUACCAACUGUGUAAGGAGAAGCUAGGUAAGCGGCUGCCCCCACAGUACGCCCUGGAGCUGCUCACAGUCUAUGCUUGGGAAUGUGGAAAUGGACUUACUGAGUUCAACACAGCUCAGGGCUUCCGGACAGUCUUGGAACUGGUCACAAAGUACCAGCAGCUUCGAAUCUACUGGACAAAGUAUUAUGACUUUCAACACCCAGAGGUCUCCAAAUACCUACACAGACAGCUCAGAAAAUCCAGGCCUGUGAUCCUGGACCCUGCUGACCCAACAGGGAACGUGGCUGGUGGGAACCAAGAAGGCUGGCGGCGGUUGGCCUCAGAGGCGAGGCUGUGGCUGCAGUACCCAUGUUUUAUGAACAGGGAUGGUUCCCCAGUGAGCUCCUGGGAAGUGCCGACAGAGGUUCCUGUGCCUUCAGAGCAGGUGGAUGAGGCCUGGCCAUGCAUCCUGCUGUGAACCCAGCAGCACCAGACCAGGAGGCUCCGGAGUCAGGGGCACGUGCUGCUCUGCUGCAGGACCUUGACACAGUGAGGGAGGGACCCACUCGGGAUCACACUCCAUGCUUCUGAUGCCCGCCCGCCAUGUUUGAAAACUGUCCAAUCACAGACAGCCUUCCUCAACAGACUCAGAAGGGGCGGAAAGAACUCAAGCUUGACUUCCAUCUGAUUGUCCACCUGUUGGGAGGUUCUGUCCAACCAUGUCUGUCAACAACAAUAAAGUACAGCAGGUGCCAUAA